UCAAAGGCCAUGGCGCGCAGUGGUUGCUGGGAUGAUGGCGGCCGGGACUGGCAAGCACAAAUUGCUGAGUACUGGCCCUACUGAACCAUGGUCGAUCCGCGAGAAGCUAUGCUUGGCAUCUUCAGUGAUGCGGAGUGGAGACCAAAAUUGGGUAUCGGUUAGCAGGGCAAUCAAACCUUUUGCAGAACCUGGACGCCCACCAGAUUGGUUUUCACAAAAGCAUUGUGCAUCACAAUAUUCAGAACUGCUGGAGACAACAGAAACUCCCAAACGGAAGCGUGGUGAGAAAGGAGAAGUUGUGGAAACUGUGGAGGAUGUAAUUGUUCGUAAGCUCACUGCUGAGCGAAUUGAUGAGUUGAAGAAACUUAUUAAAGAGACUCAGGAGAAAUACAGAAAGGUGAAGAGAGAAGCAGAGCUGAUCCAAGCUGGCCAUGUAGAUAGUAAACUUCAGGAAACUUGGAAUGAUAUUGCUGCGAAGAAGAAACAUGAGGAAGAGGAGGCUGAAAUGAAGAGACGUGCAACAGAAAGUGCUUUUCAGGCCCGUCAAGCAGCAAAAAAUGCUCCUAAAAGACUGAUGAGCCUGCCCAUCCGGUCCCCACUGGAAUCAAGCUCUCCUGGAAUAGACUACUCCACUGCAGAUACACCACAGGCGAGUGAGGAGAACCACAAUAGUCUGGUGUCGAUGAACAUUGGAAGUACUCCGACUAUUCCAGUGAUCUCAACCCCUGAGACUCCUGGACCUGCUGUUACCUCCACUAACCUUGAAACUCCUCUGACUCCAGUUCUGGAGGAUUCUCCCCAGAAAAAGUUAUUGGGGCAGAAGGCCACGCCUCCACCCUCUCCACUGCUAUCUGAGCUCCUGAAAAAAGGGAGUCUCCUGCCUACCAGUCCUAGGCUUGUCAGUGAAGCUGAGCUCCAGGUGAAUUCUAGCCACAUUGCUAGUCCAAAUGUACAUGUUGAAAUGGGGACAGGUGUGUCAACUCUGCAUGUUCCAGAGCUACAGUCCAGUGUACCAGUGUCUCCAGCACCUGCAGGAGCCCCUACUCUGUCCAGGCUUUUGGAGGCCGGCCUCUCGCACUUCACGCCACCUUUCGUUCCCUUCUCUACUAUCAGCAGUGAGGCACCACCUCCAGUUAAACCUUUGCAAAAUUUAGCUGACCAGGUGUGUUCAGCCGGCACCACAACAAUGACGCAGGAGAGCAGCGGGACAGUUGAAGAAGCGACCAUUUGUGUUCAGGUUGAGAGCUGUGAGGAGCAGCCAUCACUGUCUGUAUCUGGAGAUCUGGCUGGUUUCUCUGUUCUAAUUGACUCUGGAGAAAGCAAGUGUCUGCCAGUUGGUGCUCUGCAGAUUGCAAGACCGAGAGAGAACAUUGCAGAUCAGCACCGGACAAAGCAGCUUGAAAAUGCCAAAGAUACUGGAGUAUCUGAUUAUGCAGAUGUACUGCACUUGGGGAAUCCUGCAGACAUCCUAGCAAUGAUUGAAGAGAAGGUGGAAGAAACAACAGAACUGAUGGAUCUUCCUGCCGAUGAUGUUGGAGAGCAGCUAGCUGCGACUGAAGGAAAUGCUGCCUCCCUGUUUCAGGCAGAGCAGAUGAUUAAGGAGGAAGCUGAAGAAAUCCAGCAACAGACUCAUAAAUCAGAACGCCGAUCCAGUGAUGAAAUUCAAAUGUUGGCUGGAUUGGGAACUGAAGAAAAACUGAUUAUCAAAGCAAUUAAGCAAGAGUUGCCAGAGAAAGUAAAGGAAGAGCAAGAACAGGAAAAUGAAUCAAAUUCAGGGCAUGUACAACAGGUGGGGACUGCUGGAAACACAACACAUUCCCCAGACAGUGGACUGAAAACUGAGGUGGAGGGCAUUAAUUUCAUUAAUGAGCUUAAUGAAAUUGAAGUGUGGUUGAGUCAGAAGACACUUGGGGUGGAACAUUCUUUACCGCGGAGCACCAUGCGAAGUAAAAGUACAUCUGAGGAACCAACACAUUCCUUGGUCUGGAGCACUGCACGUAGCAAAAGUACUUCUGAGGAAAUUGGACAGCUGUCUCCCAGGAGUACAACGCAGAACAAAAGUAGCUCUCAGGAAGUGGGGCAAACCGAAAUUAUAGAAUCCACAAAGGAAGAAACUGGGGUAAUUGCCAAGGGCCAGAUCAAGCUGCAAGAGAUGCUUGUUCCAAAAGAGGAGGAUGGAGCUAGUGAAGCUGCCAGCAUGGAUGAAGCCAGAGAAGAAGAACCAAAUGAGGUCUACAUGUCAGAAACUGACAAUGAGCCACCCAUCAGUGAAAGUGAUGAUGGAUUCAGUGUCCAUAAUGCACAUUUGCAGUCAUCAGUCCUUGCUGAUUCAAUACCCAGCAGUCCUGCUUCCUCUCAAUUUUCAGUUUGUAGUGAAGAUCAGGAAGCCAUUCAAGCUCAGAAAAUCUGGAAAAAGGCUAUUAUGCUGGUAUGGAGAGCAGCUGCCAAUCACAGAUAUGCUAAUGUAUUCCUUCAACCAGUGACAGAUGAUAUUGCCCCAGGAUAUCAUAGUAUUGUACACAGACCAAUGGAUUUAUCUACAAUAAAGAAAAAUAUUGAGACUGGCUUAAUUCGCACAACAGCAGAGUUUCAGCGAGACAUAAUGCUUAUGUUCCAGAAUGCAGUGAUGUAUAAUAGCUCCGACCAUGACGUGUAUCACAUGGCAUUAGAAAUGCAGCGAGAUGUCUUGGAACAAAUUCAGCAAUUCCUAGCCACACAGCUAAUAAUGCAAACAUCGGAGUCUGGAAUCAGUGCUAAGAGCCUGCGUGGGCGUGAGUCAACUCGAAAACAGGAUGCUGCAGAAAAGGACAGUGUCCCCAUGGGCUCUCCUGCCUUUCUUCUCUCUCUUUUUGCUGUGGAAGUGGAGGCUGAGAUUACCGGUGAUGAGGAACAAGAAAGUGAAAUACGCCAACAAGACAUUCAGCAACAGACCCUGCAAAUGGAACCUAAAUGCAAGGAAGAGAGAGAAGAAUUGGAUGGAUCAGCGGCUGAGGAUGAGAUGAGUAAUGACGUUAAAAAUGUCCUCCCAGAAAAAGGUGAGGCAGAGGCAGUACAACUGGAACUGGCAAAUUCGGGACAGGAGGAGGAGGCCGAAUGCACAAAACAUUGCGCAAAAGCAGAACAUUCCAGUGAGCAGGUGGAAGCAAAAAAAAAGGAUUCAGAGCAAAAGUAUUUGGCUGAGUGCUUGGAUAGUGGUGGGAGUUAUCUUACACUUUAUACAAGGACUGAGCCACUUGUAGAAGUGCAGCAUGGCAUUAUGGAGAAUGAACAAUUAGAACUGUCUAGAGUAGAAUACAACACUAUGAGAGAAAGUCUACUGGAGGAGGUUACUACUAGUGAAGAAGAGUUUUGUGAUGUUGACCUUUCAGAAUUUGGCAUAGAGCUGUCUGUCUCUGAGAGUGACGUUAGCUUCAGCUCCCAGCAGUUCCUAGUUUUGGAUGAGUCAGCAGCUAGCAGUCACACAUCCUCCCAGCUAUCUACAAGUACUGACCAGGAUCAGAUUUCAGCUCAGAGGAAUUGGAAAAGGACAGUGCUGCUCAUGUGGAAGGAGAUAGCCAGCCACAGAUUUGCUAGUCUGUUUUUGAACCCAGUAACUGAAGAACGUGUUCCUGGAUAUCACAGCCGAGUGCGCAGACCAAUGGAUUUGUCCAAUAUAAAGAGAAACAUCAGAAAAGGGCUGAUUCACACAACAGCAGAAUUCCAACGGGAUAUUAUGCUGAUGUUCCAGAAUGCAGUGAUGUACAACAGCUCUGAUCAUGAUGUUUAUCACAAAACUGUGGAAAUGCAGCGAGAUGUCUUGGAACAGAUCCAGGAUAUAUUGGAAGCAGUGGAGUUGGGUGACUUUAACAAAACCCUCAGUGGGUAAAAGCUUGCAUCUAACAGAAAAUCAAGUAUUUCUGCUGUUGGAGAUGAUUGAAAAUGAAUGUUUUCGUCUGGUUUCUCAUUGCAGCCUUACUGCAGUGUUUUUCAAUUCAGUUCUAAAAGUUGUAGCUGUUACAUUAAAUGGUAAAUAACAUGGGAGAAGGGACAGCAAUCACUGUAUACAAGUUAUUACAAGUUGGAGAAGAGCCACAGGAAUGCAGACAGUUGUUAGUCUACGGGGCACAUUCCUCACACCAAAAAGGAAAAUAUGUUUUUUUGCUUUUUUUCAAAAGAAGUUUUUGUAGUUCCUGUGUUUAGUUCAAUUUCCUAAAGUUUAUUGACUGAUAUCUCACAGUUGAACUUUAUUCACAAUUUGUCAAUAAAGUCUAAUAACAUGA